UAGAAAAUUCGUAUAAUGAAAGCCAGCACAUUUGAUUGGCUGCCAGUGCUGUUUCUGCUGCUGGCCAUGGCUCUGGCCUUGCGCAGCGAGCCGAGGCAAGCGGCUUGUGACAAUGAGCAGAGAUACGAGAAUCAGGUGAUGUGCGCGGGCGUGCAAUUCGGCUACAGUGCGCCCUAUCCGGACAACUGCAGCUUGUUCCUAGUUUGCGAUUGUGAAUACCCCACUGUGAAGAUGUGUCCAGCGCAUUUGUGGUGGAAUAACCGGACGCAGAUCUGCGACUGGCCACAGAACACGAAAUGCAUCUACUACAACAUCCCGACAACAACCGGCGCGUACAGUCCAACUCCUCCAACUCCGGCGGCAAAUACAACGCAGGAGAGUCGUCCCACCACUGAGGAGAAUUGGCCCACAUCGGACUAUGAUCCACCACCGCCACCACCGGGCGUUGCGGAAUCAUUCUGUAAGAACUUCAAGGAUGGUUCGGUGCAUCGAUAUCCAUACGAUUGCAAUGCCUAUAUCAAUUGUACGCACGGCUGGCCAGUGCUGAACUAUUGCGAUUAUAAUAAGGUCUUCAAUCAGGAGCUGCUCAUUUGCGAUACGCCAGAUACCGCUCACUGUGAGCCAUUGCCGUUGCCGUCAUCGACCACAACAACCACAACAGAAGAGACAACAACAACACCACCAACAACAACCACAGAAGAGACAACAAUAACAACCACAGAAGAGACAACAACAGCCACAGAGCCAACUUCAACCACUGAAGAGGGCGAGUGUAGCCCACCGCCUCUUGGCAUUGAUGAGGAUUACUGCUACGAUUUGGGCAACGGCUUCUACGAAUAUCCCUACAAUUGCAGUGCGUACAUUACUUGCCGCAAUGGUUGCACCAACAUGGCCUAUUGCAUACCCGAUAAGCUCUUCAACCCGCUGUGGCACAUCUGUGAUACGCCCAACUCGGUGGACUGUAGACCCAAGCCAUAUCCGACAACGACAACGGCGGCGACAACGUCAACAACAACAACAACGGGCGGGAACACUGGAGACACCAGCAGCUCGAGCAGUGGUGCAGAGACAAGCACAACGCCAGUGCCCACGGAAGCCAGCAGCACCACAAUUGCAACAACAACGCCCGCACUGCCAGCAGAUGUUAAUCCCAAUAUGUGCAAGGACAGACCAGAUGACUUCCUCUUUCCCUAUGCCGCCGACUGCUCGAAGUACCUGCAGUGCAGAGACCAUCAGGUGAUUGUGGGUCAGUGUGCUCCGACGCUGCUCUUCAAUCCCGUUUUGCUGAUUUGCGACUCUGCCGAAGAUGUGGACUGUGAGGGCGAUCGCACCACAACGCCUGUCACCAGCACCACCACUGAAGCGCCCACAACGACAACGAGCAGCACAACCACCGAGACAACGACGCCUGCCACCACACCUGGGCCAGCCGAGCUGUGCGCCACUGAGCCACUCGGAACCUCAUAUCCGUACGAGCAGAAUUGUGAAUAUUACAUUCUAUGUAUGGGCGAUGGCGAGUUCUAUAUUGCCAGAUGCAUCUCGAAUACAUACUUCGAUCCAAAAACUGGUGAAUGUGGGCCGAAUGUAUCGCCGACAGCUUGCAGGGAGCAGGAUGCGACCACAACCACAACGACUGCAGCAACAACAACAACAACAACGACAACGACAAAGACGACAACGGAAGCUGUCAGCACCAUUUCGACACCAACCACUAGUGUGGCAACAACGCCCCAGCCACCGGGCGGCAUAUGUGGCAAUAAGGAUGAGGGCGAAAUGAUUGCCUAUCCGAACGAUUGUAGCAAGUAUAUUGUCUGUGUGUCGCCCAUUCCGGUUGGCUUCUACUGCACGCCCGGCUCCUACUUCAGUGCCCAGCAGCAGCAGUGUGUGAGCUGGGAGGACAGCGACUGCGACAAGGAGAUGGCCACGACACCUGGCUCUGGCCACACCCAGGCACCUCUGGAGCCGACCAUGUGCACGAACAGCACUCGGGACACGUUCCCCUACCCGGAGAACUGCCAGUGGUUCAUACGCUGUGUCAACGAUUACAUCUACAUGAUGGAUGUGUGCAACUGUGGCGAAUACUACGAUCCGAUAAGCGGCAAAUGCGGUGCUGACGUGCCAUCGGAUGCCUGUCGCUGGGACUACACUUCAACAACAGCAGCAACAACAACGGAGACAACGCCAGAGCCUACGCCCCCCGUAACCCGCCCACCGCCACAAAAGGGGCCGUGUGACGGAGCAGCCGAUGGCGAACUGGUGCCCUAUCCCAACGACUGCUCCAAGUACAUCAAAUGUGAUCGUCCCAUUGCCGCCGCCUACGACUGCGCUGACGGCGAUGAGUUUAGUCCGGAGCAGCGUAAGUGCAUGGAGGCUUCGCUAGCCAAUUGCAGCGUUGGCACAACACCCAGCUGGCCCGGAUCAACCACGGCCAGUGAUCAGACAACCGAAUCAACUGAGAGUCCAGUAUCAUCGACAACUACAGAGACUUCUACAACCUCUGAGACUUCCUCAACAACCGAGCCUUUGACAACCACCGAGAUUUCUACAACAACCGAGCCACAAACAACUACCGAACCUCCCUCAACUCCCAGUCCUUCCACAACCACAGAGUCUUCCACAACUCCCAGUACUUCCACAACAACCGAAACUUUGACAACUCCAGAAUCUUCGACAGCUUCUGAAAUAUCCCCAACUACUGAGCCACCCACAACAGCCACCAGCAGCUCCAGCACAGCUCCAGAGUCAACAACCACAGAGCAGACGACAACGCCAGCGCCUUCAGGCGGCAUUUGCGGCAAUAAGCCAAAUGGAAGCCUUGUGCCAUAUCCAAAUAAUUGUGAGAAAUAUAUUGUGUGUCAAGAGCCCAUACCCAUUGGCUAUGAUUGUCCCGAAGGCUUGGAAUUCAGCCCUACAGAGCUGCAGUGUAUGGAUCCGGAAUUGGCCAACUGUAGACCCGAACCCACAACGGCAACAGCAGCACCAACUUCUCCAGCUACUCCAACUACUACGCCGCUCACUACCGUGGCUACCACUACUCCAAGUACUCCAGAGACUACCAGUACAGCAAUCGAUACUACUAGUCCGAGUACUCCAGAGACUUCGAGCACUGUAAUAGAUACUACAACGCCAAUCACAACCGAGAUGCCGUCAAGCACAACGUCUGCGACAACGCAGAAGACCACAACUUCAGCAUCCACAACAACUUCAGGACCCACAACAAUACACCCGGAUACGCCAAACAUAUGCUGCGGUCAUCCGCUUGGCACAAUUUUGCCAUAUCCGAACGAUUGCAAUCGCUAUGUGGUCUGCGACUAUCCCAUACCCUAUGCCGUGGUCUGUGAGGAGGGCAUGCUGUUCGACGUUGAGUCUCUGCAGUGCAAAGCCAACCAAAAUGCGAACUGUAUAUUUGAAGAGUAUUGA